UAAAAGAGCUGUGGACAGUAUCUCUAUUGGAGGGCGGACAUCUCUCGUCUCGUAGACUGAAAAAUUCACGUUUUUGGAAGUUGACGAUCGUUAUUAGAACAUUUAAACAAUGAUUCGAUUCAUUUUGAUCCAAAACAGAGCUGGCAAGACCAGAUUAGCAAAGUGGUAUAUGAAUUUCGAUGAUGACGAGAAGCAGAAAUUAAUUGAGGAAGUGCAUGCAGUGGUUACAGUACGAGAUGCUAAACACACGAAUUUCGUUGAGUUCCGUAACUUCAAAAUUGUGUACAGAAGGUACGCAGGAUUGUACUUCUGCAUCUGCGUUGAUGUAAACGACAAUAAUUUGUGUUACUUGGAGGCUAUUCAUAAUUUCGUUGAAGUACUUAAUGAGUACUUCCAUAACGUUUGUGAGCUGGAUCUAGUCUUCAAUUUUUACAAGGUGUAUACAGUAGUAGACGAGAUGUUCCUAGCCGGCGAGAUAAGGGAAACCAGCCAGACCAAAGUCCUCAAGCAACUCCUCAUGUUAAACUCCUUAGAGUAAUGGCCAAAGAUCCCAUUAAAUUGUAUCAUUCCAAUCCCCGUUGUUCUCAUCCCCCACUCAUACUCAAAUCCAUUAAGAAUCUCGUUCAGCAUAAGCUAAUUUGUUUUGAUGUCAUGUUUUUGAUUUCUUCAAAGUUGAAGUUUCGAUCAAAUGUGCUUUGAGUAUUUAUUUAGUUUAAGAUGAAUAAAAGUUAUGAAGUGUAAAUUUUCAA